UUAAUAAAUAUGUUAUUAGAUCUAAAUUUGCAACAGUCACAAUCUUUAAAGCCGCUUGGUUUCAUUAUUCAGGUAAGGCCUAAAGCCAACCCCUUUAUCCAAACCUAAUCAAGGAUUGGAAAAGGUCAUAAUGGCCAUGUGAAAAGAUGAUCAUGCAUUUAAGACUAUUUGUAAAGAUAACUAUGCAUUUAAGACUAAGUGUAAAGAUGGUCAUGCAUUUAAGACUAUGUGUAAAGAUAACUAUGCAUUUAAGAAUAAGUGUAAAGAUGAUCAUGUAUUUAAGAAUAAGUGUAAAGAUGAUCAUGCAUUUAAGACUAUUUGUAAAGAUGAUCAUACAUUUAAGACUAUGUGUAAAGAUGAUCAUGCAUUUAAUACUAAGUGUAAAGAUGAUCAUGCAUUUCAGACUAUGUGUAAGGAUGAUCAUGCAUUUAAGACUAAGUGUAAAGAUGAGGAUGCAUUUAAGACUAUGUGUAAAGAUGAUCAUGCAUUUAAGACUAUGUGAAAAGAUGAUCAUGCAUUUCAGACUAUGUGAAAAGAUAAUUAUGACUUUAAGACUAUGUGUAAAGAUAAUUAUGCAAAGACUAAGUAUAAAGAUGAUCAUGCAUUUAAGAUUAUGUGUAAAGAUGAUCAUGCAUUUGAGACUAUAUGUAAAGAUGAUCAUGCAUUUCAGACUAUGUGAAAAGAUGAUCAUGCAUUUAAGACUAUGUGAAAAGAUGAUCAUGCAUUUAAGACUAUGUGAAAAGAUAAUUAUGACUUUAAGACUAUGUGUAAAGAUAAUUAUGCAAAGACUAAGUAUAAAGAUGAUCAUGCAUUUAAGACUAAGUGUAAAGAUGAGGAUGCAUUUAAGACUAUGUGUAAAGAUGAUCAUGCAUUUAAGACUAUGUGAAAAGAUGAUCAUGCAUUUCAGACUAUGUGAAAAGAUAAUUAUGACUUUAAGACUAUGUGUAAAGAUAAUUAUGCA